AUGGAAGAGAUGGUGAUCUGGGAGCAGCACACGGUGACGCUGAGCAAGGACCCUCAACGGGGCUUUGGCUUUGCUGUCUCCGGAGGCCGGGACCGUCCCAACAAGAUGACCGGGGACACGGCGGUGAUCGUUUCGGAUGUGGUGUCUGGGGGACCGGCAGCGGGCCAGCUCCAGAGGAAGGAUCGCAUCGUGAUGGUGAAUGGCCUUUCCAUGGAGAAUGUUUCGUCCUCCUUUGCCGUCCAGACACUUAAAACCUGCGGCAAGAUCGCCAACAUUACACUGAAAAGACCAAAGAAAGUCCACCUCCCUGCGACCAAGAGCAGCCCCGGGUCCCCCACUGCGCCCCGACGCUAUGACUCAGACGAGGACUACAGGCCACACGGUGUGGAUCCAGCCCUGCACCGCUCCCGGGAUGACUUGGACCACAGCCAGGGCUAUGAUGGGGACUCAUCCAGCGAGAGGAGCUCUGGCCACCACCGGGAUGACCGCCGCCACCACAAGCCAGUGUCCCGGAGCCGGAGGCGAAGCCAGGACAGCAGCCACUGGAGGCUGCCGCGCCAGGAUGUACCAAUGAAGCCCAUCACGUCAGUCCUCGUGAAGCAGAAGCAGAACGAAGAGUAUGGCCUGAAGCUGGGGAGUCAGCUCUUCAUCAAGCACAUAGUGGAGAGCGGGCUGGCGGCAAAGGGCAGCUCCUUGCAGGAGGGAGACCUCAUCCUGAAGAUCAAUGGGGUGGCCAGCGAGGACAUGUCCCUGGCUGACACCCAGCAGCUCAUCGAGCAGACGGAGGGGACCCUGACCCUGCUCAUCCUCCGGGACCACCGGCAGUUCCUGGUCAACAUCCCCGACAUAGAAGACAGCCAGAGCGACAGCUCCCACAUGGAUGAUAUCUCUGACAUCAACUCUGAACUGUCCCAUCCGCCAUCCCCUGAGACGUCCCCACGACCUCCGGCUGCUGCCAGGAUGAGUUCACCACCGGAGAGGAGACGACCCAAUGGGGACCCCGCGGCCAACGCGAUUGUGGACGAUGCUCGUGGCCCUGGCAACGAGCGGGCUCCGGGCUCCUGCAUGCCGCCGCUGUCCGAACCCUCCUGGCAGAGCUGUGCCAGGUCUCCCCAUGCCUCGGCUGCCCCAGCAGCGGCGUGGCUACUGCCAUCUCCUGGACCAGUCCUCCUUCCUGCAGACCUGUUGGAAGCCGUGGAGGGGGAUGGCUGCCAUGGCCCCCACGCCAGCCCCACUGCCCGAGCUGCCCGCAAGGAUGGGUACAGUGCCGACUCCAGGGUUGUGCACUUUGUGAAGGCCAAGAGUGUCGGGCUGCAGCUGGCCGGCGGGAACGAUGUGGGGAUCUUCGUGUCAAGUGUGCAGGAGGGGAGCCCGGCCGACAGCCAGGGUGUCCGGGAAGGGGACCAGAUCCUGCAGGUGAAUGACACCAGUUUCCAGAACCUGACCCGCGAGGAGGCUGUGGAAUAUCUCAUGAGCCUGCCGCCGGGUGAGGACAUCACGCUGUGGACCCAGAGCAAGCAGGACAUUUACAGGAAGAUGAUCUCGUCCAACGUGGGUGACUCAUUCUACAUCCGGACACACUUUGACUUUGAGAAGGACGCGCCGUCAGGGCUCAGCUUCGUCCGUGGGGAUGUCUUCCACGUGCUGGACACCAUGUACCGGGGCAGGCUGGGGAGCUGGCUGGCUGUGCGCAUGGGCAGGGACCUGCAGGAGCAGGACAAGGGCAUCAUCCCCAACCGGAGGAGGGCCGAACAGAUUGCCAGCCUGGAGUCAGUGCUGAAAGCCACAUCUGGUGCCAACACUUCUGGGGCACGGGCGGAGUUUUGGAAGCUGCGGGGCCUGCGGGGAGCCAAGAAGAUGCUGCGGAAGAGCCGGGAGGACCUGUCUGCCCUCACAAAGCAGGGCCACUACCCGCCGUAUGAGAGAGUGGUCCUGAAGGAAGCCAGCUUCAAGCGGCCAGUGGUGAUCCUGGGCCCCAUCGCAGACAUCGCCAUGCAGAAGCUGAGCACGGAGAUGCCUGAGCGGUUUGAGAUUGCCCUGAGCGUGCCCCGAGAUGGGGCGUCGUCCAAGGUCAUCAAGUUGGACUCGGUGCGGCAGAUCGCAGAAAAG